AAGACGGAAUGACGAAGAUUGCACGUACCACCUUCGCUCACAACUGGAAGUUGCAUCGCUCACUCCGUUUCAACGACUUUUGCUCUUGCCCCCUCUUUCUUUAUUACACACAAUACACGCAGACACACAUAUAAAUACACACAAAUGCUUUGCAAAUGAUCCAUCACUUGUGCUGAAACAUGGGCAGUUACAGCGUGUGCAUAUGUUUCAGACGAAGAUUUCGUGUCCUGGAGGAGGCCCCACCACCGGACGUUGUCCGAACAUUCAACAAGUUCUCGGGAGAUGGGACCCACUUGAGCCCUGAACAGCUCCUGAGAUUCUUGGUUGAAGAGCAAGGGGAGCAAGGAGUAACACUGAGUGAGUGUGAGAGUAUAGUUCAGCAAGUUCUUGAUAGGAGGCAUCACAUUGCUAGGUUCACAAGACAUUCUCUGAGUCUUGAUGACUUUCAUCAUUUUCUGUUUUCGACUGAUCUUAAUCCACCCAUGUUGUCUAAGGUCAAUCACGACAUGACUGCACCACUGUCACAUUAUUUCAUAUACACCGGACACAAUUCGUACUUGACCGGGAAUCAGCUCAAUAGUGAUUGCAGUAAUGUUCCAAUCAUAGAAGCACUUAAAAGAGGUGUGCGAGUUAUAGAACUUGAUUUAUGGCCAGACUCAAACUCACGCAAGGGUGCUAUACAUGUUAAACAUGGAGGGACCCUUACGCCUCCGGUGGACCUCUUGAAAUGUUUGAAGUCAAUUAAAGAGCAUGCCUUUGAGACCUCACCUUACCCUGUUGUAAUAACACUAGAAGACCAUCUUACAUCAGAUCUCCAAGCUAAAGUAGCACAGAUGCUCAGCGAAACAUUUGGAGAGGUAUUAUAUUGCCCUGAAGAAGAUGGUAUAAAAGAAUUACCAUCCCCAGAAAAAUUGAUGAAGCGGGUCAUUAUUUCAACUAAACCGCCAAAAGAAUAUCUUGAAGAUAAAUGUCCUGAGGAUGACCAAAAUAACCUGUCGAACAGAAAGGAUUCUGAUGAUAGUUCAUGGGACGAUGAACCAGUAAACGAUACAGCUGAUAUUUUAAAUAAUGAUAAGAGCUUUGACAUCGGCGAGCAGAGUCAUAAUGCUGCAGAUUAUGAUGAACCUGACCUAAAGACGAAUGUAGCACCUGAAUACAAGCGUCUUAUCGGACUUCAUGCUGGAAAACCUAAAGGAGGUCUGAAAGAAGCAUUAAAAGUUGAAGCUGACAAAAUUAGACGCCUUAGUUUGAGUGAACAAGGUCUUGAAAAAGCAGCUAAAUCUCAUGGAGUGGAUGUUGUGAGGUUCACACAAAAGAAUAUUUUGAGAAUAUAUCCUAAAGGUAUGCGGGUCAACUCUUCAAAUUACAAUCCACUGAUAGGAUGGAUGCAUGGAGCUCAAAUGGUUGCAUUUAAUAUGCAGGGACAUGGUAAAAACCUCAGCUUGAUGCAUGGGAUGUUCAGAGCCAAUGGAGGGUGUGGCUAUGUCAAGAAGCCUGAUUUGUUACUCAAGGCUAGUCCAGAUAAUCAUGUAUUUGAUCCUAAAGUAAAGCUUCUAGCAAAGAAAAUUUUAAGGGUGAAAGUUUAUAUGGGUGAUGGUUGGCAUUUGGAUUUUAAGAAAACUCACUUUGAUUCGUAUUCCCCACCAGAUUUUUACACAAAGGUUAGAAUAGCUGGUGUGCCUGCUGACGCAACAAAGAAGAAAACAGCAGUCAAGGAUAACAAAUGGACUCCAUUCUGGAAUGAAGAGUUUGAAUUCUCAUUGUCUGUUCCGGAACUGGCUAUACUUUGCAUAGAAGUACGCGAUAAGGAUGAUGCACCAAAGAAAAAAGAUGGUUUUGGUGGCCAAAAUUGUCUUCCUGUUUCCGAGAUAAGACCUGGAAUUCGAGCAGUUCCUCUCUACAGCCGCAAAGGAGUGAAAUAUCCCUCUGUGAAACUACUUAUGCGCUUUGAGUUUGUCUAAAAUUUUCAUUUCAAUUGCACCUCUAUAAUAAUCUUCAGUUUUCAGAGAAAAAUACAUGUACAAUCCAAUCAACAUUUUGUAAAUGAUGAGCCAGUUUCUCCGUUCUUAAUA